GGCGAGCCGAGCAACGGCAGCGGCUGUGCGCCGCUGACGACGGCGAGCCACGGGCGCGCCGGCAAGCUGCUGCUCGGCUCGGUGCUGACGCUGAUGACGCUGGGCACCAUUGGGGGCAACCUGCUGGUGGUGGUGUCCGUGUGCGCCGUCAAGAAGUUACGGCAGCCCGCCAACUACCUGAUCGUGUCUCUGGCCGCCGCCGACCUGAGCGUGGCCGUGGCCGUCAUGCCCUUCGUCAGCGUCACCGACUUGACCGGCGGGCGCUGGCGCUUCGGACGCUGGUUCUGCAACGUCUUCGUCGCCAUGGACGUCAUGUGCUGCACCGCCUCCAUCCUCACCCUGUGCGCCAUCAGCAUCGACAGGUACCUGGGCAUCACCAAGCCGCUGACGUACCCGAUGCGGCAGGACGGCCGCUGCAUGGCCAAGAUGAUCGCGUGGGUGUGGCUGCUGUCUGCGUCCAUCACGCUGCCGCCGCUCUUCGGCUGGGCCAAGAAUGUCAACGACGGCCGCGUCUGCCUCAUCAGCCAGGACCGGGGCUACACCGUCUACUCCACCGCCGUGGCCUUCUACAUCCCCGUGUCCGUCAUGCUCUUCACCUACUCGCGCAUCUACCGCGCCGCCAAGAUCAGCGCCGCCAAGCAUGCCGUCGCCGCCUUCCCCCUGCGAGACGACCACGCGUCCGCCGACUCGGCCAGCGUCAAGGACACCGAGGAGGAUGAGGACGACGAGGAGACGAACCUCCAGCAUCACGAUCACCAUCAUCAUCAUCAUCAUCACCAUCACCAUCACCAUGAUGAUGAUCAUCAGCAGCCGCCGCCGCCGCGGCGCACGAGGAAGAACCAGGGUUCCAUCUUCAAGCGUGAGCAGAAGGCGGCGGCCACGCUGGGCCUGGUGGUGGGCGCCUUCAGCGUGUGCUGGCUGCCUUUCUUCCUGCUAUCCACGGCGCGGCCUUUCGCGUGCGGGGGGGCGGCGGCGUGCGGCUGCGUGCCGCUGUGGCUGGAGCGCACGCUGCUGUGGCUGGGCUACGCCAACUCGCUCAUCAACCCUUUCAUCUACGCCUUCUUCAACCGCGACCUGCGCGCCACCUACGCCAACCUGCUGCGCUGCCGCUUCCGCAACAUCAACCGCAAGCUGUCGGCGGCCGGCGUGCACGAGGCGCUCAAGAUGGUGCGCGCUCGGCCGCUGGGCCCCCGCGCCCACCCGCUGCCCGUCACCUGACGACCGCCGAUUGUCAUUUGGACAACGCGUGAAGAUGACGACCAACUUGGGACUCCUUGCCUACAUGCUCGUCUUUUUCCCCUUUCAAAAAAAAAGCAAAAAAGGCAAAAGGGAGCUACCGUCCCCAAAAAGUCGUUUUUUUGUAUUCUUUUGGUCCAAUACACUCAGCUCAAAACGAUGUCCUGUUCCUAAACUGUAAAAUGUACUGAAUUGUUCAAAACAAGGUCAACCAGCACUAAUCAUCGUCCGACACUUCUUUCCUACCGAUUUAAUGUACAAGCCGCACUGUGUGUGUGUGUGUGUGUGUAUAUAUGUAAGAUGACUUGAAUCUUAUUUCCCUGCUCCAAUAAUAAAAAGGUGAAGAAAAUCUCCAAUCA